AUGUCUCAGCCCAGAGACUACAGCAGCCAGUCCUACUCCCCCGGGAGCAAGGGCCCGGCCAAGAGCAAGCCCCCCAAGAUCAACACCUCCGGGAAAUCCAGGGAGAAGGACGACAUGGUGGGACUCAACGACAAGUUCGUCCAGCUGAUUGACAAGGUGAAAAACCUGGAGGACGAGAACAAAAAGCUGGACACAAAGCUGAAGAUCCUCCAGGAGCAGGAGGAGUACCAGGGGAAGGUGGACGACAUUGUGAAGCAGCUGGAAAACGAGCUGGAGCAGCAGAUCGAGACCUUGCUCAGCGACCAGGACAAGCUGCAGGACGAGCUGACCAAGAACCAGGAGGAGGUGGAGGACACCAAGAAGAGAUAUGAGGACGAGCUGCUGAAGAAAGCUGAUUUGGAGAAUGAUUUUAUCCUCACCAAAAAGGAUGUAGAUGACGGUCACUUGGAGGAAGUAACUCUGGCCCUGGAGCUGGAGGACCUGAUGGGAAAACUGGACUUCCUCAGGAUUGGCUAUGAUGAGGAGAUCAAGGAGAUGGAGUCCCUCGUCCAGAACAAGACGGUGAUCCUGCCCGACAACAGCAAGCGGUCUCUUGACAUGAAGGAGAUCGUAGACAACGUGAAGAAUCAGUACGCAGCCGUGGCCAACCGCAGCCGACUGGAGGCCGAGCAAUGGAACCAGAAGAAGAUCGAGGCCAUGGUCCAAACUGCAGGUCAGCGUGAGCAGGACGUGCGUGAUCUGAAGAGGGAGAUCUCAGACCUGAUUCGUCACAUCCAGAGGCUCAACGGGGACCUGGAGGCUCUCAUGAGGAAGGAAGAGUCUCUGAGGAGGGACAUCGACGACCGGCGUGACGAGGGCGACAACAGCCUGAGGAAGGCCCGGGAGGACAUCGCCCAGCUGGAGGAGGCCCUGAGGCGGGCCAAGCAGGACCUGGCCGGGCAGAUCCGCGAGCACCAGGAGCUGAUGAACCUGAAGCUGGCGCUGGACAUCGAGAUCGCCACGUACCGCAAGCUGCUGGAGGGCGAGGAGGAGAGAAUGAACGGCAUGAUGCGCAACAACGGUUUCUAACAAACCAACCAACCAAUCCACGUCCUUACUUGCACACAGACGCUCACCUGCCCGAGAAGCCGCGGCCCCCCAAACCCACCGCCAUCCCGCCGCCGGACCCCGCCUCCAGG